AUGCCGGCCGGCGCGCGGCGCUCGCUGGCUUCCCCGACGGUCGUUAACGGCGUCUUGUGCCAGUGUGGCGGGGUCUCCCCGUCCCCUUCCCCCGCUUCCUUUGCCACCUUCUCCGGCGGAGGCGGCGAGGCCGUUUCCCGGUUCCUGGCCGAGCACGAGUGCCGCCUGUACAGCCUCUUCGUCCAGCUGGAUGUUAACCGGGACGGCGCCCUCUGCGUCCACGAUCUGGCCGUCGGGCUGGAGCGGCUCGGCCUCCACCGCUCCGAGCGGGAUCUCAGGGGCUGAUGAAACCUCUCUUCCCUCUCUUCUCGGGACGAGAGCCCAGCCUCUGAAUUCUUCUACUUCUUCUCGUCUGUCCAACAGAGCGAGGCCCGUUGAGUCUCAAGGCGGCUGCGACGAACUGGUGCAUUUCGAGAUGUCCCACCUCUGAGGUCCUGGACUACACAGGGAAUUUUGGCAGAAUUAUUGUCAUUGUGCAUGCAAGCAGAAUGUUAGAGCGACAUACAGGAAGUUCCGCCUGGGAUAGCAAUAGCCCU